CUUUCUUUUAAGUGGAGUGUAGUGAUAAAUUAAUCCUGUUCUUGUUUUUGGCACAGGGUUCCAGAUUUUGUGAGGGAGAAGCGUUUUGGGAACUGGCUUAAAGAUGCCCGAGACUGGGCCAUAUCCAGGAACAGGUACUGGGGGACCCCCAUCCCUCUGUGGGUCAGUGAUGACUUGGAGGAGGUAGUUUGUGUUGGCUCAAUGGCAGAAUUGGAAGAGCUGUCUGGAGUGAAGGUCACUGAUCUCCAUCGAGAAAGCAUUGAUCACCUGACUAUUCCUUCACGCUGUGGCAAGGGCUGUCUGCGCCGCAUCCCUGAGGUGUUUGACUGCUGGUUUGAGAGUGGCAGCAUGCCUUAUGCACAAGUGCACUACCCCUUUGAAAACAAAAAAGAACUUGAAGAUGCUUUCCCUGCUGACUUCAUUGCUGAAGGCAUUGACCAAACCCGAGGAUGGUUCUACACUCUGCUGGUGCUGUCCACUGCUCUCUUUGGAAGGCCUCCUUUCAAGAAUGUCAUUGUGAAUGGCCUUGUUCUUGCCAGUGAUGGCCAAAAAAUGAGCAAAAGGAAGAAGAAUUAUCCUGAUCCAAUGAAUAUUGUGAAUAGUUACGGAGCUGAUGCACUAAGGUUAUAUCUGAUCAAUUCUCCUGUGGUAAGAGCAGAAAACCUGAGAUUUAAGGAGGAAGGAGUGAGGGAUAUUCUGAAGGAUGUGUUCCUGCCCUGGUACAAUGCCUAUCGCUUCCUUGUUCAGAACGUCCAGAUCCUGCAGCAUAAGGAUGAGGGAAGAGAAUUCCUGUACAAUGAGAACACAGUUAAGGAGAGCAAUAACAUCAUGGACAAAUGGAUUCUUUCUUUCACCCAGUCACUCAUUCAGUUCUUCAAAGCUGAAAUGGCAGCUUACAGGCUGUACACGGUAGUCCCUCGGUUAGUGAAGUUUGUUGAUAUUCUGACCAACUGGUAUGUCAGAAUGAAUCGCAGAAGACUAAAGGGCGAGAAUGGGACUGAAGACUGCAUUAUGGCCUUGGAAACCUUAUUUAGUGUUUUGUUCUCCAUGUGCAGACUUAUGGCACCAUAUACUCCAUUUAUCACUGAGCUGAUGUACCAGAAUCUGAAAACACUUAUUGAUCCAGCCUCAGUUCAGGAAAAGAACACUGAAAGCAUCCACUACCUCAUGCUUCCCCAAGUCAGGGAGGAUCUCAUCGACAAAAAAAUUGAAAGUGCCGUUUCUUGUUUGCAGUCUGUGAUUGAGCUUGGACGAGUCAUCAGAGACAGAAAAACCAUCCCAGUCAAGUAUCCCUUGAAAGAAGUAGUAGUUAUCCAUCAGGAUCCAGAGGCUCUGGAAAACAUCAGAUCUUUAGAGAAGUAUGUACUUGAGGAGCUGAAUGUUCGCCAAGUGACACUGUCUGCGGACAAGGAGAAGUAUGGAGUGAGGCUGAGAGCAGAGCCAGACCACAUGGUGCUGGGCAAGCGCCUGAAAGGGGCAUUUAAGCCUGUCAUGGCUGCAAUCAAAGAACUGAAGAGUGAGCAGCUGGAGAAAUUCCAGGAGACAGGCACCAUUGUUGUAGAAGGACACGAGCUCCAUGCGGAAGAUCUCCGUCUCAUGUACCAGAUUGCGGAGGGCUCUGCCCAGUUCGAGGCACAUUCUGAUGCUCAGGUUUUGGUUCUGCUGGAUGUUACUCCAGACCAGUCCAUGGUGGAUGAAGGAGUUGCCCGGGAAGUGAUUAAUCGCAUCCAGAAGCUUCGCAAAAAGCGCAAUCUGGUUCCUACAGAUGAGAUCACCGUGUACUACAGGGCCCAGCCAGAAGGUGACUACCUGGACACUGUUAUCAAACAACAUGCAGAUUUCAUUUUUGCCACAGUCAAGGCUGACCUGAAGCCUUACCCUGUGCCUACCUCAAAGGAAGUUCUCAUCCAGGAAACAACCCAACUGAAGGGAUCAGAGCUAGAAAUUACACUUGUGAGAGGGGGUUUGUGUCAGUCUGUGGGUCCAGCCUGUGCCUACGUCAACCUCAAAGUUUGCGUCAACGGGGCAGAGCAAGAUGGUGUGUUGCUGCUGGAAAAUCCAAAAGGAGAUAAUACCUUGAACUUCACUGGACUUGUAGAUGCUGUAUCCUGCAUUUUUGGUCUUAAAAAUUCAAAACUGACAGUUUUUAAUGGAAACACAGAACUGCUAAACAAAACAGACUUGCUGAGCCUGAGCGGAAAGACUCUGCAGGUGACAGCAGGGUCAGCCCCUGCGCUGAUCAGCGCUGCCGAUGCCCUGCUCUGCCAGUAUAUCAACUUGCAGCUCAUGAAUGCAAAGCCACAAGAAUGUCAGAAAGGAACCGUGGGAACUCUUCUAAUGGAAAACCCUGUUGGUCAGAAUGGAUUAACAUACAAAGGUCUUCUACAUGAGACAGCUAAAGUGUUUGGACUCAGAAGCAGGAGGCUAAAAUUGUUCCUGGAUGAAGCACUAACUCAUGAGAUCACAAAGGAUGUCUCUAUGAAGAACCUGAACAUGAAGACACUGUAUGUUCGUGUUAUACCCACCACAGCUGAAUGUUGAGAAUUCCAGUUUUAUCAAUAAGACCAUGUAGACAUCUUUUCCACAAAAAAUGAAGUCCAAGGAAAUUAAUAUGCUUUUAGAUUAACAUCCAAAUUGUGUAUGGUACUUUGAACAUCUCAAGUGGCACAGAGGAUGUUUUCUACCAGUGCAUGUCCAAUAUGCUGCUCUUUGGUUUCAGAUACAAUGUAUUUUCAUUAUGAUAUUGUAAAAGCUGUUCAGAAAGCAUCAGAACUCCUUAUAACCUUAGAUAUCUAUGCAGUAAUUUGCCUGAGAGAAAUGGGACUAGUACCUCAGUGAUGCUAUUCUCUGCUUCUCCUUUGUGCAGAGGGCAUCUUUUCUAAACCCUGGGUUGCCUACAAGGCUCUGUGGUACAUAUACACCAUCCUACAAUAGCUUUGACACUUAUUUAAGAGUUGCCUGGAUUUGUUCAUUCAUACUAGCUGGAUAUUCAUGAAGCGUGUGGCUGUUGAUUUAAAAUACUCCCUCAUUUCAGUACUUGGAACAAUAAAUUUGCUUAAUCUCCAGA